AUGGAACCAGAAAGGAGAGUCACACGAGGCAUGAGUAGGAGUGACGACAGGAUGGAGGAAAAUGAGAGGAGAGCGUUGGAGGAGCUUAGAAGAGCAAUGGGACAGGACCUUGGGAUGGAAGAUAGUGUAGGGGGGUCAGUUCAAGGAGAUGAGUCCAUUCCACCAAUACCUUCUAAUCCUCCUACCCCUGCGGGCGAUGCUCCCCCGCCUAUCGGAUCCCCAGUUGGAUCGGAUCAAACUCCGCGGCCAGAAAACGCUGGAAGUGGGACGAACUUCGGAGAAGGAGGGACACAAGGGGUGAUGCUAGCCUUGAUGCAGAUGGUGGCAAACAUGAACAAGGAUAUGAUGGAAGAACGGGGGGCAAAGACGACUACGGUGGUGGAAAGUCAGAGGACGGAGAAGAAAGAAGAGAAGAAAUGGGAAAAGGGACAACCUUCGGCGCAGGUUGGUGUCCAAGCGGCCAUGACGUCCACGGUGGUAAGGAGUGCGCCGCCGAACAUCGACGAAGUUCGCCGAAAAUGGCCUAGGCCAAGCUCCGAUCUGAGGGAGACAAGGAGGAAAGAGGGGAAGUGUACGGAGUGUGGUGAAACAGGACAUUGGCUGAAGGAAUGUCCUGUAAGGGAGGCUAAGGUUAAGGUUGGACUGUUGCCUCCAUGGGGAGAGAAGUUCGGAGAACGUGGUGGAGGGUCGGGAGGGAAUGCAGUACCUCUUGGACAGAGGAGGAACUUGAAUGCGGUUGGAGGAGAAGUAGAUUUGGAAGAGAACCAGGGAAAAGAAGAGGACCUGUCGCAGUAG